AUGAAGGACAUGGCAGAGCCGGUGGAGAACAUCUAUAAUCUCAUCCCCAAAGAGGAGGUCAGAAUUCACAAACCUCCCAGAUACAUCUCCACCUUCAGGGAUUCAGUGAAGGUGGAGGAGCAGAAGAAUAAAGCUGCACACAGGACCAUGGGACCAGCGAAAGUAGAGGUCCCCUCCCCAAAGGAAUACUUACAGAAGCACACCAAAGAGGCAACGCAGGCCCAAAAAAGUGCUUUGCUUGACUCCACAGGAAGACCACCAAGAUGCCUUGCAGAAGACAAGAAGCGGCCCCCAGUUCCAACAAGAGCAGAGCAUCCAAUCAUGGGAAUGCAAACGAACAAAAGCUUCAUCAAAACCAAUGUAGCUGAAGCUGUGAUGGCUGUACCUAAAAAGCCACAGCCCAUCUUUGUGGACACCAAAAAAGGGGACAAGCAUCUCCUCGAAACCUCAGGACUUGUUCCGAAAUACAUCAAAAGGAAGGAUUUUGGCACUACCCCCGAAUAUUUAGUAAAGAGGAAUGAGGAAGUGAGAAGAGCCCAGGAAGAAUAUGAUGCUUAUGUGAGAGAACGGCUUAGGAUGGGCGCCAUGAAACAACUGUCCGAAGAGGAGAGACAGAAUGUGCUAGAGGGAUUGAAGAAAAACUGGGAUGAGCUUCACCACGAAUACCAAGGCCUCUCCGUUGUGAUCGACACACCACCCAAAAAGACUCACAAAGAGAAACUAGAAGUGGAAAUGAGACAGCUGGAGCGAGAUAUUGAUGUGUUUGAAAGACACAAGAUUAUAUACAUAGCCAAUAACUAG